AACUUGCAAUUCAAUUUGAAUGACUAAAACCUCCUUCGUUUCUCUUAUAAAGGGUACCUCUCUACGUUGGUUUUGUACACCAACCAGAGCCAAAAACUAGUCAACAAAGCAAAAUGUUUUCUCUUCAGCAACUAUUGCUCUCUCUUUGCUUAUCCUUCACCGUCUUUUCCUUGAUCGCUCAAGCUUCUGUUCCUCCCUCUGCCACCUUCAAAUAUGUCAAUGAAGGUGAAUUCGGGGAAUAUAUUGUGGAGUAUGGUGCAAAUUACCGAGUCCUCGACCCCUUUGCCCAGCCAUUUCAACUUUGCUUUUAUAACACCACUCCUAAUGCCUACACUCUCGCUCUGCGUAUGGGUACUGUGAGGUCUGAGUCACUGAUGCGUUGGGUUUGGGAAGCCAACCGUGGCAACCCAGUUGGCGAAAAGGCCACCCUUAUCUUUGGAACUGAAGGAAACCUUGUCUUGGCAGAUGCUAAUGGCCGGAUUGCUUGGCAAACCAACACUGCCAAUAAAGGUGUUGUUGGGUUCAAGUUACUCUCGAAUGGUAACAUGGUUCUCCAUGAUUCUAAGGGUAGGUUUAUUUGGCAGAGUUUUGAUCACCCAACUGAUACCCUUUUAGUGGGUCAGUCUCUCAAGCUUGGGGCUGCAACCAAGCUUGUGAGUCGAGCUUCUGAAAAACAGAACGCCGAUGGUCCGUAUAGUUUGGUCAUGGAGGACAAGACUCUGGCCAUGUAUUAUAAAAGCCCAAAAUCCCCAAAAUCAUUGCUUUACUUCUCAUUUUCUGAAUUAUUCAGUGUAUUGAAGGGUCCUUUGAAUCGUGUAACAUUUGGCUCAGAAUUAUCUUUAGCAUUCCAGGGUCCUAAUUCCUCUUAUGGUGGAACUCUCACCCUGAGAAGGCCUAAAUACAACACAACUUUGUCAUAUCUUCGCUUGGAAAUUGAUGGAAACCUUAGAAUCUACACUUACGAAGAUAAUGCAGAUUGGAGUGCUUGGCAAGUGACCUACACUCUGUUUUCCGGAGACUCUUGGGAAACUGAAUGCCAAUUGCCUGAAAGGUGUGGGAACUUUGGUCUCUGCCAGGAUGACCAAUGUGUUGCUUGUCCAUCACCAAAGGGCUUGCUGGGCUGGAGCAAGAAUUGCCAGGCAGCAAAGGUAUCAUGUGGAGUGAAAGAUUUUUACUACUACAAACUAGAAGGGGUUGAUCACUUCAAUUCCAAGUACACAAAUGGAGAUGGACCCAUGAAGCAGGAUGCUUGUAGCAGCAAAUGCACCAAGGAUUGCAAGUGUUUGGGUUAUUUCUACCACACCCAGUCAUCCAGGUGCUGGAUUGCCUAUGAUCUCAAAACCCUGACAAAAGUUGCUAAUUCCACGCAUUUGGCCUUCAUCAAGGCACCAAACAAGUAAUUUUAGGGGGUUUGUGCGUGUGUGUGUGUGUUUUUCGAUUGGAGUGGAGAUUAUAUGUGUAACCAAUAAUGGGAGGGAUAGGGAAGAAUAUGGCAAGUAAUUUCUCUUUUUGCCUUCUGAAAGAGCCUGCUGUACUGAGUAAUUUCUUUUUUUUUGUUUGUAUUUUUUGCUGGUUUUUUGAUUUUAUGUUAAAUUGUGCAAUUUUCAGUCUA